AUGGCCCCGCGUAAACAGGAGGAGAAUGUGGCGAUCAUUCGACAUCGGGAUUUGUCGUUUCAUCGGCGCAUGAACCCGAUCUCCUUCAUGCAGAUACUAUGUAUCGAGUAUGUCGUGACGCAUUUCCUGCGCAAGUGUUCGAGCCACUGCGUUGCAGCCACAAUCCAGCGAGAGAAGUGUCUCAAGCCUUGGGCACAAACCACCGCUUUAGGCGAGAAAUUCCCCGCUGAUUGUCUGGGAAAUACACCAAUGGCGCCAUAUAAGUGA